GGAAUGCGCCGUUUCCAGCUUGAUUAAAAGAACACGAUUCUGCGAUCGAACAGUCUGCUGAGCAUUUCGUCAAGCGAAUGGAGCACAUGUGGUUAAACCAAAAUAUCAAAUGCAGAGUUUCGAGCCCAAAAAUUCAGGUUUGGACUAACCAUAUUCAUAGCUUCUUAACUAUCUCAGUCUCGCAAUAAUGUGGAAAGGAAUAGCCAACCACCUUAAUUAUCUGUCAAUACUGUGGAAGGAGAAAGUCUGUAUCCAUAUUUAUUGAUUUCAAUAAUGCUGCCCUGAGUUAAUUCUCAAAUUGCUUGUCUUCUAAAUAUCAUCUCAUUUUUCAUUCAAAUUCUAUGUGAGCAUUCAUAGACUGAGUUAAUAAGCAUGGCAGCUUAUGGAGCUCUGGUUUCUCUUAUGCAUAUCAUAGAUACCCUUCACAAACAUCCUUCCCCUCCCAUUUCUAUCCACCCUAAACAGACUGACUCACUCACCGAAAAGGUCACUUUCCUCGAGAAUUUUCUCGAAAUCUAUAAUCCCCAUCUUGACUACAGCAAAGAGGCCGAUCCACUGGAGAGUAGCAUCGCAGAUGCAGCUUAUGCGGCUGAAGACAUAAUCGAAGCACAUGUCGUGGAUCAGAUCAAAACUGAUGGAGGAAAGACCAGCCCCGACUCCUUGUACGAAGCUCUAGAGAAGGUGAUCGGAGAUAUGGAUCUGAUCAAGAGAGAAGCCAUGGAGAUCAAACAGACUUUGGGCAUCCAACAUCAGCUGCACACCAAGUCAACGCCUUCAUCUUCCUUGAAGUCUUCUGCUAUUGCAAAGGAGAGUAGCACCAAGUCAACGCCUUCGGAUUCCUUGAAGUCUUCUCCCAUUGCAAAGAAGAGUAGCAUGGUGGGUGCUGAGGAGGCCUUGCUUGAAAUGAAGGAUAAACUCACUUCUGAUCGCCGUGAUCUACAGAUCAUUCCCAUUGUAGGGAUGGGUGGCUCUGGUAAGACAACUCUUGCCAUAAACAUUUAUCAAGAUCGUCUUAUUAAGGAGCAUUUUCAUGUUUCUGCUUGGGUUGCCAUAUCUCAAGAGUAUAACAUUCAAGAAAUGCUCGUACGCAUUCUUCGCCAGUUAGAUAAAGAUAUUGGUCAAACAUCGAGUGUGGAAGGUUUAGGAGAAAUCUUGUAUAAACAUAUAUUUGGUAGGAAAUACUUGAUUAUACUUGAUGAUAUGUGGAGUAUCAAGGCGUGGGAUGGGAUUAGGAGGUUUUUACCGGAUAACAAAAAUGGUAGCAGAAUAGUGGUAACAACUAGGCUAUCAAACUUGGGUUCUGAUUUAUCCCACUCUAAAAACCUUGAGAUGAGUCUUUUGAAUGAGGUUGAUAGUUGGGAGCUUCUCUCCAAAACUGUGUUCGGGGAGAAAAGCUGCCCACCGGAGAUGGUGGAAAUUGGGAAGAGAAUAGGAAAAAGUUGCAAAGGACUUCCAUUGUCAAUUGUCGUGAUUGGAGGACUUUUGUCCAAAUCCAAUCACACAAGCGAAUUUUGGGAGUCCAUGGAGGAAAACUUAAAUUCAAUAGUGAAUUCAGAGGAUGACGAGCGUUGUGUUAAAAUAUUACACAUGAGCUAUAAGCAAUUGCCAGUUUAUCUUAAACCGUGCUUACUCUGGAUGGGAAUUUUUGGUGAAGAUAAGGUGAUUCGUAGAUCAACGCUUGUUGAAUUAUGGGUUGCUGAAGGAAUUCUAAAACCAAUAAGUGGGAAAAGCUUGGAAGAGAUAGCUAAAGUGUAUUUAAAGGAUCUUGCGGAUAGAAAUCUUGUUUUGAUUGAUAAGAUUGGGAUUAGUGGGGAGAUAAAAUACUGCAAAAUUCAUGAUUUGCUUAGAGAUAUGUGUUUGAGAGAAGUUGAAAAGGAAAGGUUUUAUCAUUUCGUAAGAGGCGAUCCUCCACGCACAAAAAGCCAACUUCGUGUCAUAAAAAACCAACGCCGUGUUAUUUUUCCAAUGUUGUUGACAAGUGUAGUCCUGGGAUCUUUGUCAUGUGCUCGUUCCAUAAUAUGUGAUUAUGACAACUAUGGAGAAGUUCGACUGCCUCACAAUCUUAGAUUGCUGAGGACACUCAAAGCAUAUGAUAAAGAUACCAAUACAAUGAAUGGCGCUUAUUUUUUUGAUAAUGUGUUUGAAUUGGUGAACUUACGGUAUCUUGCUAUUAGAGUUCAUCAUGAGUCCAAAUUUUCUACUUCAAUUGAUCUACUUUGGAAUCUACGGACAUUGAUUAUUCGUUGUUCGCGUGUUCUCAUUGCACCAAAUGAACUUUGGAAAUUGCAUCAACUUCGGCAUCUCGAGUUUACACAAUACCGAUUGAGUCUCCCAGAACCUCCCAGUGACGACAAUGACAUUGUUAUCAUGGAGAAUCUGCAUACGCUCAAAGGAGUGAAGAAUUUGGUUGUGAAUGAGACGGUGGUUAAAAGAAUUCCCAACGUGAAGAAAUUGCAUCUUUGGUAUAAUGUUACACAAAUGAAGGGAAAAAACUAUCUCAGCAAUCUUGAGUGUUUUAGUAGAUUGGAAAACUUCCACUGCUACCUCAACAAUGGACGUGAUAUGCAUUGGCAGAGCAUUAGGUUCCCGCACUCUCUCAAGAAGUUGUCUGUCCUUGUCACCUAUUCUGCCUCUAAUUCUCUGAACUUGGAAGAUAUAAUGUCAGAUAUCAGUUCAUUGCCCCUUCUUGAGAAGUUAGUUUUAAAACACGGUGUCUUUAAAACAGGCAAGUGGGAAACAAUUGAAGGCCAAUUUCCAAGCCUCAAAUUUCUACUAUUGCACUAUUGUAAUGGUCUAGAAGAUUGGAUUGUAUCAGACAAAUCCCACUUUCCAGUUCUCCAGAAGCUUCGUCUUGAUUUUUGUGAUCAACUGAAGGAGAUCCCAUCAGAAGUGGGAGAAAUAGCAACGUUGAAAUCAAUUGAAUUGGAUUAUUGCAGUGUAUCAGCCGUGGAGUCAGCUAAAAAGAUAGUAGAGGAACAAGAGGAUUUAUAUGGAGACCAACUAGACCUUCAUGUUCAAGUUAGAGUUUGGAAUAGACAAGAAGAACUGAAGAGCUUGGCAACUGCCAACUUUCAAGUUAAAUUUGCAUAAAAUUAGAGUUGCUGUCGUGUAGCAUCAAAGAGUGCCCUGCUGUUGGGCCUACCUCCUGCUUCUCAUUCCAUCUCAUGUAGUACAAGACUAUGAAGAUGCGAGACAGAGUUUUAUUUUGUAACCUUGUAAUAAAGUUUGAGCUUGUGUUCGUUCAUUACUGUACGCCCUUUCUAGUGUUAAUUUUGUUCUUACGUCGUAUCAA